CCGAUAUAUAUAUACGGUAAACGGGAGACGACACAUACAAUGGUCGAACGGAGAGGCCACUCUCUAGCUAAUGCAAGACAACGGCUCUGGGUAAUUUCAUCGUCACUCUCUGCAAUCGACGACCAAGUCGUGCGUUAAAGCUGCAAAUCUGCUGGCUUUCGCAGAUAAAAGCAACAACGUAGUAGAAUGGUAACGGUACAACGACGACAAACCGGUGACCAAUCAAUUGCUGAAGAGAACGUGGCAGCGACCGUCGCCGGCAUUGACGUUGGGCUCAAGCGCAAAUCCUCCAGGGGUGAAUACAAAAAAUCGCCAACCCCUACUUGGAUUUAUCCUGUAUUGGCCGGUUUUGCGGCUCUCUCGAUCGUGACGGUUCCUCAUCCAUUCCAACCCCAUGGACAACCUACCUUGAAUCACGUAUUUUACUACGGAUGGCUUACCGCAUUGAGCACUGGCCUGGGCGCGUUGCCCUUUUUGUUCUUGCCAGAUAUUGCCACCUUUUGGGUCGGAAUCUCGAACGCCAUUGCGGCUGGUAUGAUGGUUGCGGCAUCGUAUUCGUUACUGGUGGAAGGAUGCACGUACUCGGAUCCUCAGGACCACUCUACCGUUUCCUGUGAGCUCCGUACCGCGCUUGGGGCCUUACUCGGUCUCGGUUUUAUCCUCGCUACCAAAAAUUUCCUGGACCGUUACGAAGACCUGAAAGUGGGAGGUCUGGGUGGAACCGGGACAGACGCGCGUAAGGCAUUGCUAAUUUUUUUCGUCAUGACACUUCAUUCCUUCUCGGAAGGUGUCGGUAUCGGUGUGAGUUUCGGUGGUGUGCACGGUAGUGAACUUGGAGUGUUUAUCUCGGCUAGUCUGGCGGUACACAAUGUACCCGAGGGAUUAGCCAUUGCCGUUGUCUUGUUGCCACGAGGGGCAUCGGUUUUGACGGCCGCGGUCUGGGCUAUUUCCACGAGUCUGCCACAGCCGCUUAUGGCGGUUCCGGCGUAUCUCUUUGUGCAUCACUUCAUUCCGAUACUACCCGUUGGUUUGGGUUUUGCUGGAGGUGCCAUGGCUUGGGUAGCUUUCUUCGAACUCUUGUCGGAAGCCGUGGAGGAUACCAAUCUUUUGACAACAAUCGUAGUUUCACUUUGCUCACUGGUGACGAUGCUCUUUGCGCAGCACAUGAUCGAGGAAGGAUCAAGAUCGUAAGCUCCACGUCCUAUGGAAAUUGUUAUAUUCUAAGCAUGCGCAAGUGUGCAGCUCGUACACAAAUUGGCUUUUACCUUUGCUG